GCGCUUUUGUAAAUGUAGAUCGUAUGUUUUGUCAUUUGAUUAAAGCGUUUGAAGACUUUGCAGCGCGCUGACACCAAUCGGCCACCGUAGCUUAGCAACCGAAUCAUAACAAUUCUUAUUCCGUUUAGAGUUUUCAUUUGAACAUUUAAAGCAGCUCAGACUUGCAGUUUAUCAGCAAGAGAGAAGACGCGAAAGAUGUCCAUCGUGAAAACCACCGUGAAUCUCCAGAGGAUUGACUGGCUGCUGCCGACAGGUGCAGUCAGUGUGCGGAUCGCCCCGGAAUACAUCCCCGGUCCAGUUGGCCGAGGACAAACCAGUUCCAGUGAUGCUGGCCGUCGGAAGAAGUGCCGCACCAGGCCGCCGGCAGCCAGCUCCCUGACCACGUCUGCCUCUCCUGGAUCUGCUGCCAUCCCGGUGGCAACCAGCAGGGGUCAGCAGGGCACAGGCCGCCGUAGAAAAACGGCGGGAGGCCGGUCAGGGCGAAGAAGGAGCCGGUCCGAUGUCGCCCAACAACUGCUGCUUGAAGCUCCUGAUCCUCGGUGGGACAUCGGCGAUGUGCUGGGAGCCUUGGAACGCGCUAAGGAUCGUCGCACCUUUUCCUGCAUUUGGAGCUGUUUCAUUCCCUAGUUCUGCGACUUAACAGACUUUAGGCCGCCCUUUCUUUCUGUUUGGGACUGAUACAGAGGGACAGCCUGUAUUCUGUUACUCAUUGUUUGCACUCUUCAUAGUUUUCAACACUCAGAUUCUUGGUUAGAUUGUGGUAUUUUCUGGGAGGCUGAGCAGUGGCUGCCUCGAUUGAUCUGGCUGACUAAGAUUUGAUUGGUCUGGGGUGGUGGUGUUCACACUUUCACCUUGUGCAGUAUAUUUGUGUGGGGAUCAGUGUGGUGGAGCACAGGUGUGUGUGUGCGUGUGUGUGUGUGUGUGUGUGUGUGUGUGUGCGUGUGUGUGUGUGUGUGUGUCUGUGUGUGUGUGUCUGUGUGUGUGUGUGUUAGUUUAGGGGACUCUAUUCCCCCUUUUGAUCAACUUCCCCGGACACCUGUCUCUUGCUUGGGUUUAGUCAGCCGGUGGCCAAAGGCUGGUUGCUGGUUUAUUUUUUAAGGUUGUUGAUGCUAAAGCGCUUGUCUUGUUUCUUUGUUUUAUAUUUUCAACAACCUGUUAAUAGUACAAACACGUCUCCAGCUCCAUUCGGUAAAUGAACUUGUGUGCUCUUAAUUUAGAGUAAUUUUUCCUGUGGUGAAAUUCCCCAGGUGGUGUAGUCGUGUCCUUGUACUACUGACCGCUCUCUGCCACAAACACUUUACUCUGAACCUAACCCUAAUCCUAAACCUAACCAUAGCCCCAAACGUCAUGUCCUGCCACCUCCCUGACGUGGCUCUAAUAAGCCAUGCCUGCUGCUCGUUGGUCUCGUGUCUCGUUCCAUCCCUCAUGUUAAACACUCCCAGCUACUUCCAGUCUGUUCCCUUGUUAUUCCUGUAUAAGUGCUUCCUGGCCCUGUGUUCGCCAUUGAUGUGGUGCCCUCCAUGUUGCUUGUUCCCUAGCCUCCCAUCUUGAUCCCAGUAAAUCCCAGUUUAUUGUCUGACAACACCUGCUCCCAGAGUCGUUCAUCCUGGCACCCAACAGACUGACGGAACUCGACAAGCCCCAGUAGGUUCCCCAGGUCCCUACUGCCGAUCACUGCUGCUUGUGUCCAGCAUACCUAAUGUCGCUGGUUCAGGCCGCAGUACAUCUUUGCCCAGAGAGAAUGGCCCAUCUCUGACGGAUGGCAUAGCCGCCCUCUCCCCGGACUCCCAAGUGGAGGGUGUGACAGCUAUAGCGGAGAUCCUCAGGGCCCUCUGGAAUGGAGUGAGUGUGCUGAACCCCGCAGAGGUGGGGUGCUCUGGAGAAAAGGAGCCCGCCGUCUCCAUGUCGUUUGCCGUAGGGCAACGUGCGUCCUCAUUGUCACUUGAAGUCUGACAACAUGAUGCUUCUCUGGGAUUUACUGUGAUCCCCCUGUUCACCAAAACAUGCUCCCCAAAGCUCUCCAGCACAGAAGAACAGGCUUCACUCCUAGUUCUAUGGUUGUCAGAGUGCUGGACCACAGUAGAGGUCGGACUUUGCUUUGGUUUUAUUGGAAGUCUGCACACAAUACAGAUGUUUCCUACUGUCCUUCGUUCCAAUUAAAUGUGGAAACGUUUUGUCAGCUGGCUGGACAAGACCCUACUGCCUCUUUUAAUAGUACACAUAGUAGUGAGCAGUGGUGACGUAAUGGUUAGGGAAGCGCACUCGUGAUUGAAAGACACUGCAUCUACAGCAUCUGGCCCAGGAGAGCCAGCCAUUGCAGUCGUUACAUCCGCACUUAAGGCUCCCGGCCCAGAGGGCCGCUCAGGCCGCACCCACAGUGUCCAACACAGGUGAGGCCUUGGUUGCCUCUAGGCUUCUCAUAGAAUCUGACACGGUUCCCUGGUAACCAGCCGACACCUGCCACACUGCUCCAUAAUGUCCGGCCAGCGUCCACCUCUCUGUCCCCUGAUGCCUGGCCAGCACCCACGUCAAUGUCCCCAGACGUCCAGCCGGUGCCCACCUCAUCUCCUGACGGCCUGCUGGUGCCCACUUUCUAUCCUGAUGUCCCACCGGCACAUGCCUGCAGGCUGCCACCAGCCCAGAGAAGAUGGAUCCAGAGGAUGUCCUGCUAGAGUGCCCUGGGUCCUGAUACGUGGGUCCCUCCUUCAUCCCAGACUCUGGUUACUCUGGUCCCAGUUUCUGGUCACCAGUAUCAACAGGAGCCCAAGAAAGCGGCAGGCAGAAUGUCUGUCUCCCAGAGAGGGUUUGCCAGUCUCUGUUCUUGCCCUGUAUGUCCCUUGUCAUCUUCAUGUUCCUCUCCUGUUGUCUCCUUGCUGCUCUACUGUUCUGCGGUUCUCUCAUCGCCCGCCAACCCCUCAUGUCCUCCUGCCCUGCUGGCCCUCCCAGACCCUCUAGUCCUGUGAUUCGGCAGAGUUCAGCCUCAUCUGGAAAGGGGCCUAGGAGGGUCCCCCCCCCCAAAAGAAGACUUCCCGAUAUACACUUCGAUUCUCCUGGAGUAAUUCAAUUUGGAGUCGCAGGCUGCCCAAAAUUUAAUUCCAUAUCUGCCCAGUUUUCGGAGCAUAUGCUGUCAAAAUGGGCAGCAGACUGCAACAGCAGACGGAGAGAAUACUUAUCCGAUGCCAAGUACAGGAAUCAGAUAUAAACGUUAGACAUUUUUCAUAGCACUUUACAAUAUUAUUCAUUACUGACUUAAUAACACAGUCACUACUCAGGUACAAAUCGUGAGUAAAUAUAGUAACUAAAAUAAAUGAUUCAUUAUGAUUCAUUGAACACGAACAUGAAAUUGAUACUCACUACAUACGUAUUGGCAACAUGUUCGGAAAAAUAUGAUUUUUUUUGGUAAUUAAAAACUAUAAACUGUUGUGACAAUGUAGAUCGAUGUGAAGCAGUAAUAAAGAAGAUAUUAGUUACCCAUGAACAGAAGCAGGUGUGACAAUGGUGAUAUGCAUCAGGGGAAUGAUGUUUGCCCAGAGCUCUCAUACUUUGCAGAUCGCCGCCAUCUUGUCGCUGGAUUUCCUGAGUGCUCUGGACUGACGAUCGUCAGAGCAGAUAACCAGCAACACGUCACAAAAGCUUUGUUUGGGCAUCGUAGCUAGAAAAAUCACCGGUCUCAUUUUCGCACUUCAUAAACUUUUGAUUGAUUCUUAAUUGGAUUUGAAAACCUCAGCCAAUAUUAAAAGCCCCAUAUAUGCCCUAAACUCCCUUGCUGUUAUUUCUUUCUAGUCCUUGACGAAUUUCCUUCUUACCUCCAGGUUGCUAAUGUUGAUUUUUCCAUUGAUCUUGGAAUAAAAAGUUGGACAGGAUAUCUUUGGCUUGCCGAAUGCAGAGCCUGGUUGGCCGCAGAGAGGUUUUCAUUGAGUACUGUGCUGUAAUCCUGCCUGGACCAUGUCCGUCCAGUGCUUUUG